AUGGCUGCUGGUAGUGGUCAAUGGUAUUUCGGUAAUCAGGUCGAGGAUACGUUCACUGCGUCGGAAAAUUAUGCUAGUGUGAAGAUCACAGCAACAGCGCCCCAGAUGCACAAAAACAAGCGCGAAGUGUCUCCAUUGGCUUCUUUGGAUGAAAAGGAUUGUCUCUCAAAUUUCAAGAGUCUCGUCGAUAACUGCGACACCGACACCACGACUAAAAAGCAAGGUGGCGAGCUUUCAACGAAGGAUGGCUCCUUUUGGAGCAUUAUAAUAAAUCGCGAUACCACCGUCAGAGAAACAUCUUGCAACAAUAUUCAAACAGACUCCAUGAUGCCUGUUGAUCGAGAUCUCGUCAAGGGCCAGCUCCACGAGUUGUGUAAACAUGAUUUCGCAGACGCCGCUCAUCCGAACAGCCCUCACUGGUACCGGAUUUCUAGCUACGGUGGAAACAUUGAGGUGGACAUUCGAUUUGCCGACGAUCAAACAAAUUGCUCACUCAUGAAGGCAAUUGACAACUGUGAUACGGACACGACAACUGAGAAGUAUGGCGGAGCCUUGCUUUUCAACACCGACCAUGGCUGCUGGAGUGUGAAUGUUGGCUUCCCUCUUAUGAAAGACAAGUCAAAGUCGGACAAGCUCGGUUAUAACAGUGGCGAAUUGUAA